CUCACGGCUCCGAGCAACCAACAAGUUGACCCACGCUACAGCAACAGCUCGCUCGCCGCAACCAAAGCACACGACACGCGCCCGUUCGGAGAUGGUUGCCCGGUACGAUCGACCGUAACAUGCCGGCUUACUUCUUCCAUCUUGCCAUUGAGCUGUACACAUCGCGCUCGUCGCCAGAGACAAGCUACACGCCGCCUCCAAACACCGACAUCUUUACUUCGGAGCUCCCUGCGCACAGCUCGAGCUCAUGGUCGGCACUUGGGCCGCGCCAGAAAAGCUACAGCAGUGCCGCCCAGCCCAUUGCCUCGAGCAGCGACGCGCCAGCCCAGCCAGCCCCCCGCCGCUACAGCCAUCGCACGCCCCCCUCCUCCGAGCACCACGACAGCCCGGUCCCGCUCGUCAAGCCACCCACGCGCCCGGCACACAGACGCACCAAGAGCUUUGCACACAAGGACUGGCGCUUUGACGCCAUCUCCAUCCUGAGCAUCGACAUGAAGCCUGCCGACGUCGGCGACGACGCUGCACGGCCCCGCGCCAAAUCGCUCAAGCACCCGGCCGCGAGCGCCGGUGGCCUGGCGACAAAGGGCAAGUUCUUCCCCUCGAGCCCCAAGGACACCGACGUCGGCUGGGGUGUGGUGCAUCUGUACCGCGAUGGGCACGAGACGCCGGGUCUCUACGAUGAGGGCGCCGCUGCUGAGUUCAAUGAGGACGACUGCACCACGCUCUGUAUACUGGCUGUGCCGUCCUACAUGACGCCGUCGGAUCUGCUGGGCUUCGUGGGCGAGCAGACGCGAGAGCAUGUCAGCCAUUUUCGACUGAUCAGGACCGCGAGGGCGAACAAGUACAUGGUAUUGAUGAAGUUUUGGGAGGCAAAGAAGGCGCGGGAGUGGAGGAAGGAGUGGAACGGAAAAGCAUUCAAUAGCAUGGAGCCCGAAUACUGCCAUGUUGUUUUCAUCAAGUCCAUCACCUUCCAGUCCGAUGCUGCCAACCGCGAUCCCUCCUCCUAUCCAGACCUUACGAACGACCCCUUCACCCCAGCAGCUACCGAGCAACCCACCGCUCCACUACCAGCAGCCUCAAAUGUCUCUUCGCCGGUCGAGGCCCCGUCUCUCACAUCAUCUUUGACAGCAAAGCCGAUCGCGCCUCCCACACCCUCACUCGUCGAACUCCCAACAUGUCCAGUCUGCCUCGAGCGCAUGGACGAAACAACAGGUCUCUUAACCAUCCUCUGCCAACACGUCUUCCAUUGUGCCUGUCUCGAAAAAUGGCGCGGCUCAGGCUGCCCCGUCUGCCGGUACACGCAAAACGACGCCUUCACCUCGCACAGCCGCGUCAUCGACGGUGACGCCCCAGACAACGAGUGCUCUGUCUGCGGCUCCACGCAGAAUCUCUGGAUCUGCCUCAUUUGCGGCAACAUCGGCUGCGGCCGCUACGACAGCGCCCACGCCUUCGCGCACUACGAAGCUACAAACCACACCUACGCCAUGGCCGUCGUGUCCCAGCACGUCUGGGACUACGCGGGUGACGGCUACGUCCAUCGUCUGAUACAGAACAAGGCCGACGGAAAGCUCGUCGACCUGCCGGCCUCUGCGCACGCCGGCGGCCUGAAGAACGCUGACAUGACAGGCUACGCCAACGACACAGUGCCGCGCGAGAAGCUCGACAACAUGGGCAUGGAAUACGCGUACCUACUCACCUCACAGCUGGAAUCCCAACGCGCCUACUUCGAGGAGCAGGUCGAGCGCGCCGUCGACAAAGCUGCCAAGGCGUCCUCCACCGCCGACGAAGCCGCGCGCAACAUGGCCGCACUGACGGCCGACUUCGCGCGCCUCCGAACCCAGCACGAUGACGCGGUAGCCUCUAUCGCCGCGCUCGAAAAAGACGCCGCCCGCAACGCGGCAAAAGCCGCCUCGGCAUCUGAUCUCGCGCGCAAAUUGACCAAGCAGUACCGCGAGGAGCAGACCAUCAACGAGAGCCUGAUGACGCGGAUCCAGCAUCUAGAGAAAAAAGCAGAAGAGGCAGAGAAUAGGGUCCGAGAGGUCGAGGCGCAGAAGGCGGAUCUCGAGGAGCAAAACCGCGAUCUGAGUUUCUUCAUCAGCGGGCAGGAGAAGCUGAAGGAGAUGCAGGGGAAUGAGGCCAUGGGGCUGGAGGAGGGCGAGGUGCAGAGUGGGUAUGUAGAGGUGGGAAAGAAGGAGGAGAAGGGGAGGCGGAAGGGUAAAGGGAGGAAGCCGUGAGCAUGACGGUGGUUCUUUGCAUUUCUGGCGGCGUAUGGUAUCAAGGGUCUGUUUGGCAUUUACGGUUAUGAUACCCACCCCGUUGCAUUACACAAUUAAGUCCUCGUUUGUACUCGCCUCUCUUUCAUAUACUGAAUACAUCUUU